AUGACACAGAAUAUUAAGUCAUCUCGAGUUAUGCUGCAGAUUAGUUCAUCCCGCACUGCCGCUAAUCGAAGGUAUUAUGAAAGAAAUCGAGAACGCAUUCUCAAGCGCCGUAAAGAUUCUCGCAAUGAAACUCGCGCUCAACUACAACUUCUUGAAGAAAUUAUGAUUCUUUGUUCUCAAACUCAUUAUUGUCCUACUUCUCCUCGUGACCCUUUAUAUUUUGAAUCCUCUCAAAAUGAAACUAUGCCGGCUCAAGACCGAAGAAAGCACAUUAAUAACAAAUGA